AUGCUGUUGCUGCUGCUUCUGCAGGUCUUGGCGAGCUGCCUCUGGCUGGGACGCAGUGAGGUGGUGACAUCCUUUCAAAGUUGUCCUCAGUUUUUCUUCCAAGGAACACCCCCAAACAACGCCCUGAGGCCGAACAACCCAGCCUGGAUCUGCCAGCGUUACAACAACAGGUAUCACUUUGCCACCCUGUACAACAGAGACCUGCGUAUUCCCGUAUACUCUGCUUACCUCUACCAGCCUGGAUCUGGCACGAGACCUAACAUCUGGAUGGUUGAGCCCCAGUUGAUUAGUUCACAGUAUUCCAAUGAUAUGCAAACAGUGGAGGACCUCAGGAAUCAGACAAAGGUCACCCUUGCAACAAUCAUGAACAGCCAGGCUAUCUCCCAAGACUACAGGAAUCUGAAGGAUUUGAACCGCGGACAUUUGAACCCGCGCUGCCAUCAAUAUGACAACGACAGCAUGAUGGCUACCUUCACCCUCACCAACAUAGUCCCACAGAAUAAGACACUCAACGGCGGUGCCUGGAAUGACUAUGAGGUGAAAAUGAUGAUCAAUGAGACCACGGGCUGCACCACCACCUACGUUGUCGUGGGCGCCGUGCCUGGAAACAACUAUAUCGCUAGACAGAGGGUUAAUGUACCCAGCUACAUCUGGGCCGGUGCCUGCUGCAAGAAGGGCAACAACCAGAUGAAGACUUGGGCUGUCAUUGCGGAGAAUGACAAGAAUGCUGUCCAGCCCCUCACGCUGGGGGACCUGGAGAACAGGUUAACUGGGUACUAUGGCAAGGGCAAGGUGUCUCUGUUUCACAGCGACUGUCCCCGCUAA